CGCACCCCAAGCCCCCUGGGGCUCUGCCACACCACACGGGUGUCGGCCUUGCCGGGGUUCUCCCGGCCCCAGGCAGGAUCCCUCGAGGCCUCGGAUGUCCCCACAGCGGUCCCGGGGGUCCUCUCCACCGUGCGUUGCUCGGGCCCCACGGUUGCUAGGCUGUGCACUGGGGCUCCGGCGAAGCUGAGCGCUGGUAUCGCUGGCGCUGGCGGCUACAGUGCGGAUGGCGGCGGAAUCGGGGCGCUCGUGGGCCCAGGCUCGCAGAGCGUACGGUGCCAGCGAGGCCCUGCGGCGCGGCGUGGACCGCCGGCGGGCCCCCGGACCCCAGCCCAAUGGGCCGGGCCCUGAAGAAGCCCGCGCCCCAGGCCGCCUGGCUCGCCUGCGCGGCCAGCUCCGGGCCGAGACCGAGGCGCGGGCCAAUGCCCCCCGGCUGCUGCGGCUGGUGGAGCGCGCGGGGGCAGCGGCAGGGGCCAGAGACGAGGCUGCCGGGGUGCGGGCGGACGCGCACAGCCGAGGCUCUGUGUGCUCGGUGUGCGGGGAACCACGCGGCGGGGCCACCUACCCGGCCGGCGUCCUGGAGGUGAGCGAGCGGCGGCUGCAGGAGGGCCUGGCGGCCGUGCGCGCGGAGCUGGGAGCGGGGCUGGAGGCGCUGCGCAUGGAGCUCCGGGCGGAACUGGAAGCCCUGCGCGCGCUGCUGCCGCCACCGCCACCCGCCCGCCGCGAGCCCCGCAUCGCUCCCCGCGGCCCGGCCCUGCUGCGGGCGCUCGGCACCGUGAACGCCCUGGCCGCGGCCACCAGGCCCACGGACGACGCCUCGGACGGCCCCGCGAACGGCCCCGCGAACCAGGCCCCUGCCCGGAAGAACCUCAAGAAGACGCCGGUGCCCCCCGGGGCCCCUUCGGGCGGUGGGGAUUGAGGGUGGCCGCACGGAGGGGGAGCUAGGCGCAGUGCUGGAGGCCCCACUGGCGGAGGGGUGAAUGGACAGAUCUGUCCCCUCGUGGACCUGGCUCAGUGCAGCCAGCGAUAACUUCUGGAGACCGAGUCCGGGCUGGAGGAGGCCUGGAGCCCCUUUUGGCCUCUGAGCUGGGGAAUAUUUGGUCCUGGGGCAUGUCAGCCUCCAGGGAGAGCCGAGGGCUUGCGGCAGGUGGGACCCCUCGGGCUAGGAGGAGGGGGUUGCAGGGUUUUUUUCCUUUUCUUUAAGGGUUUGGGAAAAGGCCGGGCCUCCAUGCACUGGGACAUGGAGUGUGACCGCACACCAAGCAGCAGACACCGGGGACACGGGCUGCUGGAACAGUGUCUCCUGGACACAGUGCCACUCAGAUCAGUGUCACCUAGAUAUACAGCCGCAUCCCACAGGCACCAACUGCACAGCGGCCUGACUGGCCAGCUUCGCUCUACUGACCACCAAACCCGCCUCCCACAGGACAGCGCGGCUCUCAGAGGCAGCUGGUCAGCAGCCACACGGCAGUCAGCUUUGCUUUGGACAGCGACACCUAGGACCCUUACCCCUUCAUUAGCCUCCCACAGGCAGUCACCUGGACGCCGGUGUCUCUUCAGAAAGUGUCAUGUACACGCAGAUUCCACAGGCUAAGCUCCCAGUGUUGUCUGGGUGCAGCCGUCCCUGUCACCAGGACCCACCCACCCAGGGCAGCUCUGCAGUAGAACAUGGAACCAGCGCUUCUCCCCUCCUGGCCUCCAGGGAACGUUACCUGGAGUCUUCCUUUAACCGCUCACAGUGGCCUGGGGUCAGUGCCUGCUCAUUUUUGAAAUAAAAUGCGUAAUCUUA